AUAGCAGCGUGCGGUCACGUGCUGGAGCCUGGUGCAAGAUGUCGCUGCGGCCGAGGAAAGGAAAAUAUUCACAUCUCUCUGAAAGAAGAAUUCAGAUAAAAUUACGAAGAUUCUGAACAUGAAGAAAAAUAAGAUGCUGCAUGUAAAUAGAAGAUCAUGGGCAUCCAACAUGACCAACUCUCCUACAUUGAUUAUAAUGGUGGGAUUGCCAGCUCGAGGGAAGACCUACGUUUCCAAGAAACUCACCCGGUACCUCAACUGGAUUGGAGUUCCCACCAAAGUUUUUAAUCUGGGUCAGUAUCGCCGCGAAGCUGUGAAAACGUACAAAUCGUAUGAAUUUUUCCGUCAUGAUAAUGAAGAAGCCAUGAAAAUCAGAAAGGAGUGUGCCAUUGCAGCACUGAAAGAUGUGAAAACCUACCUCUUGGAUGAGAAUGGUCAGAUUGCAGUUUUUGAUGCCACCAACACAACCAGAGAGCGGAGGGAUUUAAUCCUGAAUUUUGCACGUAACAAUACAUUUAAGGUGUUUUUUGUUGAAUCUGUCUGUGAUGAUCCAGAGGUCAUUGCUGCCAAUAUUAAGGAGGUAAAGGUUUCAAGCCCGGACUAUGCAGACGUUGCAGAGGACCGGAUAAUGGACGAUUUCCUCAAACGCAUUGAAUGUUACAAAGUUACCUACGAACCGUUGGAUCCUGAUGACUAUGACAAAGAACUGUCCUUCAUUAAGGUAAUUAACGUUGGUCGACGAUUUCUAGUGAAUAAAGUCCAGGAUUACAUUCAGAGUAAAAUAGUGUACUACCUGAUGAACAUCCACGUCCACCCACGCACAAUCUACUUGAGCCGCCACGGAGAAAGCGAAUACAACAGUCUUGGGAGGCUGGGCGGUGACUCCGGUUUAUCUCAUCGAGGGAAGCAGUAUGCAGAAGCUUUGCGUCAGUUUGUUGAGGAGCAGAGAAUUCCAGACCUGAAGGUUUGGACAAGUCAGCUCAAGCGAACAAUCCAAACUGCUGAGGCGCUAGGUGUUCCAUACGAACAGUGGAAGAUCCUCAAUGAGUUGGAUGCAGGUGUUUGCGAGGAGCUGACAUACAGUGAAAUUCAGGACAAGUAUCCAGAUGAAUUUGCACUGCGAGACCAGGACAAAUACCAUUACCGUUACCCAGGAGGAGAGAUGGUAUGGCCUCCACUGAGCCCAGAUCUCAAUGUCAUUGAGGCUGUCUGGGAUUACCUGGAAAGACAGAAGCAAGCGAGACAGCCAAAAAUUCUGCAGAAGGACUGUGGCAAGUUCACCAAGAUGUUUGGAAUAACCUACCCGCUGCUUUUCUUAUAACACUGCAUGACCGUGUACCCAAGAGAAUUGAUUUAAAGAUAAAUAUCACUAAAUAUUAAUUUGAUUUAGGUUUUCACUGUUCUUUAUAGUAAUUAUUUGAUAUUUGGAAACUUUUAAUUAUAUUUGAAAACAUCUUUGCUUUACAGAAUUUUUUAUGUGCCUAAGACUUCUGCACAGUAUUGUACUACCUUUAGAUUCAUUUAUGUUAGGCAAUGAAUAACUACUGUUACGUACCCCGUAACUGGGUUGCCAAACCAGCAAAAAUGGAUCACUCAGUUGGAGUCUGGAGUACUAGAACUAAGAAAGUUUUAUUAAAGAAACAAGCAACACAGUAAUCGAAAGGAUAAUAAAUGCAACAGUUCAGCGAUGAUAAACGCACAUGUGCACAGAAUUAAGAUAACAGCAUCAAUCAAGCUCUAUCGUUGUCUAGGGGUAAAUGACCAAAUUUCAAAAUGACUCAAAGUUCAGUCCAGUUAGUAGUUCAGUUCGCAGUAAUCGUUGCCAUGGCGAUGGACAACGUGCGGGAAGAGAGACAGAGAGAACAGGAACAACUCAUCAUUCAGCACAGCUUCACUCACAGACCGGCGAGAUGCUCACGAGCAACUUUUGGGCGGGUCCUUGGUGAUGUCACCUGAGGUCACCAACUGUGACCCCUCCUCCAGAUGCGGUCGAUCCUCUGCAGUGAACCCGGCACCCAGGCAAGGGCGGACACACACCGGGUUCCCGCUGAUCGUACCUUUCCACCCUUGUCGUUGUCUGGUACUUCUCACCCACUCGUGAGAGGCGCACCGCUUCCAGGGUCUCGUUACCUCGGGUGGCGUGUGUCCCUGUCUUAGCGAACCUGUCCCUUUUUAUCCCCCUGCUGGGGUAUCGCCUGUCCAUCACUUCAAACAGUUCAGGGUUCAAAGGGGGAGCCGCUCCAGACAGCUCUCUCUCCCACGUCCCUUCAUUACACAUCUCCAGACACUGCUCCAUUGUUCCUUAUCUCUCCUUCCCCUGAGGGCAGGUGGCAGACCAAUUGCUGAUGCCACUGAUGCUAGCCCAGGCCAGCAAACAUCUUAAUUUUAUGUGUAUUCUCGUAACACUACAUACAAAGACUAACAAGCAAUUAAUAUGCAAAAGAAGAUAAGUUGCCAUAAAAAAGUAAGUAAAUAAAUAAAUACCGAGAACAUGAGUUGUAGAGUCUUUGAAAGUAAGUGUAUAGAUUGUGGAAUUAGUUCAGUGUUGAGGUGAGCUCUGACUGAUCUCUUUCAGCAUUUCAAAGGGAGGAUUCAUACAUCAUUUCCCUGACUGCCGACUCACCUCACAGAACAAUUUGCAUGCAAAAGAUGUCAGAGCCGAUUUUUAACUUUUCUUUGUUCACUGUCCAAUGCCUUCAACAAGGAACAGCAACUCCCUCAUUCUAUCUCAUGUAUUGUUUGUUCGUUCAAUGUAAACACACACUUUGCAUGCUGCAAAAACCCUCAGCUCCCAAAUCAUUUUGCUGUAUAAUUAAUUCUUUACACUCCUCUGUCAGACUUUCAAUAGAAAUUUGAGGAGCGACACAUUGUAUUGAAUGUAUCAGCAUGUGGCGGGGUUAAGAUGUGUUAGUUUAUUUCUGUAAAUAAAAGUUCUUUAAUUCUUCCAGAAUAUGAUUUUUUGUUGUUAACCCACGGAAUGUUUCAAUAGAAGUAACAUAACAUCUCACAUUAUAAUUCCUUCUGAUAAGUAUUGAUGAAUCUCUUGCUGUUUUGUUCUUUGAUAUGUUCCUAUUCUGUUCCUUUUAGCCUAGUGCUAAUCCUUUGGUCACUUACUCUCUUUUGCCUUCUGUUCUAUCACAGCUUUCGCUCUCCUCCUUCCCCUUCUUUCCCUCCCCCUGCUCUUAAGAAAUGUUACAUGCUGAACCUGGUUUUGCCUGCAAAACUGGUUCUGUUUUCUCUUUACCUACUUGAGUGCCUUUCAUACAGUUCAACAGACCAGCAGUGGACCUGCCAGUAGGUAGCAGAAGAAAUCAGAUUUAAAAGAAUGACAGAGGUCCUAUAGUACUGAAAGGCCUGUAUGGGGUGAUGUAGAGAGGGUAUUUCCAUUCAGAAGAGAAUCCAGGAUCUUAGGGCACAGCCCUUUAAAACUGAAAUAAGGAAUUUCUUCAGCUGGAGGGGGUUGAAUCUGUGGAAUUUAGAUGCCUCUGGAGGCCAAGUCAUUGGGUGUACUUAAGGCAGAGAUUAAUAAGU